AUGGUAGAAAAUUUAUUGCCGAAAUCUUUUAUGCCACACUAUUUAGUAGAAACGGCAUUCAAAAUAAACGAAGGAAAAAACUAUUUUACUUCUUUUGAAUUACAAAAAUGUCUUGAGGCAUUGGCAUACGUUUUUUUUAUCGAACUUAAGAGACUUCAAAGGAAAAAUCGCAACGCUGUGAAACAAUUGUGUGGCAUUGAGUACAUGAUCAAAAAGGUUAUAUUGGCAAAUGAUUGUCAAAAUUUGGAAAAAGUGAAUCAGUUUGCCCCAUUUCAAUUAAAUGAUUAUUGUAACGGCAAACGAGCCGAUUUUGCGACGGAGAGCAGUUUUUUUGAAGAAAAUAUUCAAGUUUUCUCGAAAUUGCUUCAGCGACGACAAAAGUUUUUAUUUAAUGAAAUUAUUCAAACAAAUACAUCAAACAUGUUGACGAAGAUAAUCUCAAGUUUUCAUCAUAUGACAUGUUUCAUAGAAAAAGCGCAAAUUAUUUUUAUCCAUUAUUAUUUGCUGCCAUGUAAAUCUCGAUCUAGUAUAAAUAACGGUUUUUACCCUGGUAAAAUACAAUCACACGGAGAAAUUCCUACUAAAGAGUCAAUAAUUAUUCAUCCCUUUUCUGAAGAUUUUAUUGCAGUAAAAACCGUUCAAAAUAAAUUUUUGAAUGAAAAUGAAGUUGCAUCAAUUAAGACAAAUUUCUCACAAAAGAACCAUGGACAACAAAUGAACGAUCGGGAUAUAACGAAGACACUGGAAUCAGUUUAUAUUGAAGAUAAUGACAAUGCAAAAAACGUAAAACGUUCACUAAAAAUUAAGAAACCGUCUUUUACCAAAGAAAAUCAGCCUAAAACUUUUUUCGAAAGUAAUAUGACAAAUUUUUCCAAAGAAAUAUUGAAAGUGUGGUUUAAAUUUCAGUGUAGUCUUGUUGACAUUUUUGAUAAAAAUAAAAAAAAUUAUAUGAAAAGUUCAGAAUGCGUUUAUGGUAUAGUAGAAAAAAAGGAUAUAAUUCAAAUAAUAGAAUUGAUGGAGCAACAGCCUGAUAGUGAAUGUCAUUCGGAUUGUGUUUCAGUACCUUCAGCAACAAUCCAAAAUUCAGCUAUCCACAACUCAAAGAUAAUAAGGAUAACAAACAAACCAAAAUCUGGAUUAACAUAUUGUUCAACUAAUUUAGUGCCUUCAAGUAAAACGAUGUUGCAGUCCAUGUCACCUCAAAUUUGUGCAAAAUGUUUAAAUGCCAAAAGUAAAUCAAAAAAAAAAUUCAAAAAAACUGCCGAAUCUUAUUCGCUUAAUUUCAAAAAUUUUGAAAAACUAUCAACAAAAUCUAAAGUAACUAGUCAUGGCCUUAAAAUUUUGGAUUUCGAAUUCAACAAUCACGUAAUCAAAGCAUAUAAAACAAAUGGCAUUUUCAAUGCAAAUUUAGAAGAAAGAAUAAAAGCGUUGAAGAACUAUUUUAGUCAAUGCAAAUUUAUUUUAAUAAAUCGCUACGGACCAACUUCAAGCAACGAAAAACUUGAGUAUAUGAUACGAUCAUUUUCAUUUGAGUGGGUUAUAAAACCACUAAAAGAACGAUUGAAAAAUAAAUCAAAUAAAAGUUAUAAAAAAUUAUUUCAAUCAGUAAAAAAUGAAUCAAGAAACUUUGACACAGAAUCAUCUCUUCCUAAACGUUUAUCUCAGACUUUAAACUUUUUUGGAUUAUUUUCACCAUGUUCAGCGCAGAUCAAAAAUUCACUUAAAAAUAAUGUUAUCAGCAACGAUGAAAAACACUUAGAAAGCAAAUCAUGUUGUAAGAUUGAGAAAAAUGCUUAUCGGAUAAUAGAAAUAGAAAUUAGAGACGAUUCGAAAUGUUUUGAUAAAUACCAAAUACCCACUCCAGACAAAUUUCAGACAAAUGGUGUAAUGAAAAAACAGAAUAAUGACAAACCAUUAACAGCGUUAGUUCCAAUGAUUUCCAACCCAAUUUCUUCCUCGAUGGCAACAACGUUUCUUGUAAAUUCAUUAACUCAACAAAACAAUGGUCCUCAUCAAAUAAAAAAUAUAAAAAACUCAACAAAACAAAGAAAAAGACAUUUAUUUAAAAACAUUUAG